AUGUUACUGGUUGCGUUCACUACUUGUUGCGUUACAGCAACUCAUUUUAAUGUUGGCAACAUAGCUAUUGGAAUGCUGGAACAUCAAACAAAUAUAAAAUACAACGCAUUUCCGUUCAUGAAAAGGGUGAAACAGUACUUUUACACGCAACCGGAUAAUAGGAAGAUUGUGGGUAUUCAAGCGCUGGACAACCUCCAUAGCAUGGCGUCCAUCAAUAUUACCGCUGGAGGCAUCGGCCACUCCUUCGUUAACCUUCGGCUGAAGAGCGAACGGGGAUCGGGGCUAGACUACAGCUUGGGCAUAUAUGUGGAGCCCAAAUAUUUUUAA